GUAUACACAUAUCAGGAAAAUCAUCGGUUACAAAUUAAUUGCCGUCAGAAAUGUUAAAAAUCAAUUGGUGAAUUAAGGUCAAGUGAACAGUCAAAAGACGUUCUCAAAUUCCCGAGGAUACAGGGUGGUCGAGUUUCCUCGAAAUUCCAUGGACAUUUUCAAAUCUGGAUCACCGUGGAAGAAUGAUCUCAAGAUCGCGACAUCCUGAAUUCCUUAGAAAAGCAAAAUUUCGGAGUAAUGAAUCGGGGUAGGGAAAACGUUACCAUUCUUGGAGAUUGGAAUGAAGAACGGCAAUUGGUGUUUGAGAGGAAGACCAGUUCAUAGACCAAAUGUACAGAAACAUGUGGGAGGGAUGGCUUUCAAGUUAGAAUGCUUUGUGAAAAAGAGCAUUUAGGGGCGAAAUUUGGCUGAAGUUUCCAACAAAUGUGAAUCAAGUAGAAAACUGUUGGAGACACAAUGAAAGAUGUGCUGGAAAAUGGAAAUUGAGCAAGUGGUCUGAGAACAUGAUUUUUGAAUUUGGCGGAGGACAAUAGCAGACCUCCACUAGCUAGUCCUCCAGCCAGCAAAAGUAGCUGUGCUCCGAAAAGUCCAAGCAAGAAGUACAGUCCCAAGCGAGCUAUUGGCUACGGAUUACAGAAGUUCCGCACACUCAUUGGCAGCUGGGAGACCGAGCCCCACCAAUAGUAGACGCACCGCAUAGGAUCAUCACGCGUCCACCUGCUAAACAAAGAACUUCCUACGGGCGACACAUCAUCUCCCAUAGAACAGAGCCGCUCGAACCGGCGCAUUCGGCUAAUUCAACGGUUACAAUCCACUCCUCGCAAGAGGCGGGGCCUUCUGGGAUUGCUAAUCCUAGGAAGGAUCAAACGACGGCUACAAGCAUCGACAUAGACGAAGCCAGCGAUAGUGUUAGUGCUAGUUAUAUAAUUUUGUAAAUCCUAGUAGUACCCAGGCAACUAGACACCGACCGACUAUCACAAUCACGGCCCCCUUUGGGGGCUUGUUGCGAGAGAGCCUACAGGAAGCGAGACUCAACCAACUUCCUGAGGAGAUUAAAUCCCUGAUUCUGGCUCUUCAGGGUCGCAACGCCUCCGUUCCCCCCACCCCCCGUAGCACGCUUGACAAAAGAGUCCGCGCCUGGCUCUCGCUACCUAUUGGGUAGGCUCCGGGAGCCCCCCUCUUAGAGAAUAUAUGUCUGUACUUGACAUAUCCACGUGAUAAGCCAACGGACGUAUGUAUAGCUGGCAAAACCAGCGCCAGCAUAACAACUCGCAACCGAGGGGCUCCCGCACGAAGGGAAGAACUACUAAAUCUAUACAAGCAGUUCUAUCGUAUGGCCUUUCGGAGGUAGACGUCGACUCCGACUUUAACGCGUUACGAAUCCCAGAUCCAAAAUGAGA